AGAAUCACUUAACUUGAGCUAGAGCUUUUUAUAUGUAACAGGAGUCUGGUUAGGAGCAACACUAAGGGCUGGUCUUCACUGUGGGGAGAUCGGGAGAUCAGUGCUGCUGCAAUCAAUGCAGCAGGGGUCAAUUUAGUGGAUCUAGUGAAGACCCACUAAAUCGACGGCAGAGCACUCUCCAGUUGACACCGGUACACCACCUCUCUGAGAAGAGUAAGGUAAGUCGACUGGAGAGUGCCUCCCAUCGAUGCAGCACAGUGAAGACACCGGGGUAAGUAGACCUAAGCUACGUUAUCACGUAGCUAGAGUAGCGUAAUGUAGGUCAACUUACCCCAGUAGUGAAGGUAAGCCCUAAGUUAUACCUUGAGUUAAUACUGUAGUGAAGAGAAGCCAUAGAAUGUGAAACAUUGGGGUGUGGACAUAGGUUGACAAAACAUUCUGCUUCAGUGGAAAUUCCCUCCUACUGAACAGGAGGGAAAUACCCAUUCCUGUGUUAAGAUCUGGCAAAGCUCUGUUUUCUCUCCAGAAGAGCUUUCUUAAAUCAUUUAAGUAACCUGGUCUUUUUACUAGAUUGUGUAAAUGAGAAUCACAUCACAAACAUUGCAAAGACUGACAAUAACAGGCUCCAAAUACAACUACUCUUUUCCUGAUACUUCUCCACCAUCACCCAGAAAAUCAGCCUUGCAUUAGUGUGUUCUGAGUGUAGAAAAAACAAGCAGCACAUUCCCCAUUUUUAGAAAACGGGUUGGGGGGAGCCUGAGUGAAUUUUUACCAUGUAACACCUUUGUCCUUGUCACACACUCCACACUUCCUUCAUAAAAAUCCUUUUGAUUUCAUUCUAGCAGUUUGACUAAACCCUUAAAGGCAAGACAAUCCAAAGCAAAAGCUUUCAAACUGUUCUUGGUUCACUCUGGGCCUCUUAGUAACGUCAGUAGCUGAUUGCCCUAGCUUUUGUGCCUCAGAAUAGUUAACCUACUAUAUAUACAUAAAAGGAGGCAUGUCCCUUUCCUGAUUUGCUCACUUACAACAAAUCUUUUCAACCCUAAGCAAAGAUUCUGACUGCAGUUUUGACAUUUGUAGGUAAAGAUCAUGGAUUCUAUCCAAGUUUGUGGUAGUUCAGUUGAAACUGAACUGGGACUAAUGGGUCGUGGUUUCUCUGGAUGACGUUCAGCCUUAUGCUAGGCCUGUUUUGAUCAAACUGAUUUAGGAAAUUUUGCUGAGUGCAGGUUCCUAUAAGAGGAAAAUAAUGUCUGUACUAAAAUGGGCUUAGUUUGAAAAACAUUUUAUAUUUAAUACACUCCGUAUUAAUGUUGAAUAGUCAAACCUGUUCAAAUCUGCUGUUAAAAAGUGUUAUCUUUCCUAAUUUAAGAUGAUUUCUUCUCUCACUCCAUUUUAAAUAUUUAGGGGGCUGUACCAAAAGGAAAUGCCACUAAAGAAUACAUGGAGAGUUUGCAGCUGAAACCAGGGGAAGUGAUCUACAAAUGUCCAAAAUGCUGUAGUAUCAAACCAGAACGUGCACAUCAUUGCAGUAUUUGCAAGCGAUGUAUUCGAAAGAUGGAUCAUCACUGCCCCUGGGUGAAUAAUUGUGUAGGAGAGAAAAACCAGAGGUUUUUCGUGCUGUUUACGAUGUAUAUAGCCCUAAUUUCAGCUCAUGCACUCAUUCUGUGUGGGUUUCAGUUUUUCUCUUGUGUCCGAGGACAGUGGACUGAAUGCAGUGACUUCUCCCCGCCUGUAACUGUGAUCCUGAUGGUCUUUUUGUGCCUUGAGGGUUUUCUGUUUCUCACUUUCACUGCUGUUAUGUUUGGCACCCAAAUCCACUCAAUAUGCAAUGAUGAAACGGAGAUUGAGAGGCUUAAAAGUGAAAAGCCAACAUGGGAGAGGAGACUACGUUGGGAAGGGAUGAAAUCUGUCUUUGGGGGCCAACCUUCACUCCUGUGGAUCAAUCCUUUUGCAGGAUUUCGAAUCAGGCAACUUUUGCUGAGAGCAAAGAAAGGGGGACCUGAGUUUUCUGUGUGAGCCUGCCUAAUCAUACUUGAACUUGCAAGAAUACUAUAUAAAUAUUUAUUUGGGGCCAGAAAUGGCUGUCUACAUAUAAUCUGUGACCAUCUGAAACAAACAAGACAUUUGCUUGUAGCAAGCAGAGUUUUAUAGUCACAGACAUCUCAUUAACUUUCAGAAACGUAAACUGGAUGCUGUAGCCAUCUUUCAGCAGGAUAACAAAAGAAAGGUGUGUAACCACACUAAAGAAGCCAAAAUGUCGUCAUACUACUGUAACUUAUUGUUUAAUGGGAUUAAUUUUGCAUUUUUGUUGAACUGUUUAUUUGAUAAAUGUUUUGGGAAUUACCUGUGUGUUUUAUAAAAUUAUGAGCCGAGGUGCAGUUUUCAAUCAUGAGAUCAAGUAGUUAAGUUGGAAGCCCAUUUUAAAUGGCAUCAAGCUUUCUAAAUCCAUUAGUUUUCAGGGAAUAAUGACUUAGUCAGUCCUUUAAUUUUAUUUAUAUUUUCAUUUGUCCUGAUAGUCAAAAUAAUAUUGUUACGUCCCACUUCAGACAUGCAGUCCUUGCAUACUAGUAAUUUGAGAUUUGUGCGCGUGGUAACAUAAACAUGUCAGAUGCACUCCUCCAGC